AUGGAACUGACCUUUUGUGCUGUUUCUCUCUGCUGCGUUGCUUCCUCAAGCCCACAAGUUGCGGAGGCUGCCGGCGACCCAAACCCAGAGAUUGUAGACGCCCAACGGAACGGCCAGAGAACAAUCGGCGGAUCUGGAGGCCAACAGACCGAGAGGUGGAUCAGUCAGUCAACGAAACUGGAUGAAGAUGGUUGUCCGAAAGUUGUUUUUUCAGAGAACCAAGAUCUUUAUGACGAUAUGCGAGAGCAAGAUUGGUUGAAGGAAAAAGAGGUUCCCCGGUUGAAGAAAGAGAACUGCCAGUUGAUAGAGAGGUUGAAAUCGGUGGAAGAAAUUCUUAUAUGUGAUUUGCAGGAAGAGAACCGCCAAUUGAAAGAAAGGUUGAAGCAAAUGGGAGAAGAUAUUAUAGGUGAUUUGCAACGUGAUACACAAAAGCUCGAGGAGGCAUCACGAAAGAUUGAGGAAAUGAAUAAGGUUGGGGAGAAUUUAAGAGAUAUUCUAUCAGAGGAGAGAAAGCGGCAAGACAUUAAGAAGGAAAAUUUGAGAACCAAGUUAAAGGAUGAUGCAUCAAAUACCAUCAAUGGGUUGUUUGGAAAGGUGACGCAAUUGGAACAAACGGUUUUCAGUGAUUUGCAUAAUGAAAAAGAUAGGUGCAAGUCACUUGAGACUAAGCUUGACAAGGCAUUACGAGAGAAUGAGCAAAUGGAUAAGGCAUUACGAGAGAAUGAGCAAAAGGACGAGAUGCUUGAUAUGGCAUUACGACAGAAUGAGCGAAUGAACGAGGAACUAAAUAGGCUAAGAUGA